CCCAGACUCGGUCGUGAGGGCCGCGAGCUUCGAAAGGGCGGGAAAGGCCGUUGGAGAGGGAGAGGCGAGCGGUUACUCACUCCAUGGCUGCGCAAAGGAGAGGCGGCGGCGGCCUCGGCUGAAGAAAGAAGGUUGCAGACACCGGUGGAUUUGCUUUGGGAGCCGGAGUAGCUGCUGCCACCAGAGUCUGGAGCCAUGAGCGGGUUUAAUUUUGGAGGCACUGGGGCCCCCACAGGCGGGUUCACCUUUGGCGCUGCAAAGACAGCAACAACCACGCCUGCUACGGGGUUUUCUUUCUCCACGUCUGGCACCGGCGGGUUUAAUUUUGGGACUCCCUCCCAGCCAGCCACGAGCACCCCUUCCACCAGCCUGUUCUCACUCACCACCCAGGCUCCAGCGACACAGACCCCAGGAUUCAGUUUUGGAACCACAACUCCUACAGCAGGAGCAACCGGAUUUUCCUUAGGGAUCAACAGCCCAAAGCUAAACUUGAGCGGCACAGCUGCCACCCCAGCCACGACGCAGCCCAGCGGCUUUGGGCUCGGCGGCAGCACCCUCACCAAUGCCAUCUCGAGCGCCGUCACGUCAGCCCAGGGCACGGCGCCCACCGGCUUUGUGUUUGGCCCUACCACCACGUCUGCUGCUCCGUCCACCACACCUGGGGGCUUCUCGUUCACGGGUGGAGGCACGUCCCAGACCGGGACCUCCGGCUUCAACAUUGGCUCCAUGGGGAGUUCGGCCCAGCCCACGGCCCUCACCGGGCUGCCCUUCACACCGGCCACGCCAGUGGCCACUGGAGCAGGGGCCACACAGCCGGCUGCUUCCGCACCCACCGCCACUACCGCCAGUGCUGGGCCCUCGCUCUUUGCCUCGCUGGCAAACGCUCCAGCCUCGUCUGCUGCCACCGGGCUCUCCCUUGGUGCCCCAGCCACCACGGCAGGGACGCCUGGAGUGGGGACGUUGGGCUUCAGCCUGAAGGCCCCUGGAGCAGCUUCCACCACCUCCACGGCAACGACCACCACCGCCACCACUGCCACCACCGGCUUCUCCUUGAAUAUAAAACCACUGGCUCCAGCUGGGAUCCCCAGCAACACAGCGGCCUCCGGGACCGCCCCAGCCGGCCCCAGUGCAGCCACCGGGGUGUCCGCCAGCCCCGCGAUGACCUACGCCCAGCUGGAGAGUCUGAUCAACAAGUGGAGCCUGGAGCUGGAGGACCAGGAACGGCACUUCUUACAGCAGGCCACGCAGGUCAACGCCUGGGACCGCACGCUGAUCGAGAACGGGGAGAAGAUCACCACCCUCCACCGCGAGGUCGAGAAGGUGAAGCUGGACCAGAAGAGGCUGGACCAGGAGCUCGACUUCAUCCUGUCUCAGCAGAAGGAGCUGGAGGACCUGCUGAGCCCGCUGGAGGAGUCGGUCAAGGAGCAGAGCGGGACGGUGUACCUGCAGCACGCCGACGAGGAGCGAGAGAAGACCUACAAGCUGGCCGAGAACAUCGAUGCACAGCUGAAGCGCAUGGCCCAGGACCUCAAGGACAUCAUCGAGCAUCUGAACACGUCAGGGGGCCCUGCCGACACCAGCGACCCGCUGCAGCAGAUCUGCAAGAUCCUCAACGCGCACAUGGACUCGCUGCAGUGGAUCGACCAGAACUCGGCCCUGCUGCAGAGGAAGGUGGAGGAGGUGACCAAGGUGUGCGAGGGCCGCCGCAAGGAGCAGGAGCGCAGCUUCCGCAUCACCUUCGACUGAGCCACUGCCCCAAGGGUGCACAGCGGGGCUGGGGACAUGCAGUUACUGUCCCAUUUGGGGUUGCAGUGAAAUACAUGUUUCUUUCUUUCUUUCUUUCAAACAGUCGUGCUGUUGAGAGAACUGUUCUGUGGUUAGACUUUCCACCUUAGCGAAUAGAAAGGAUUCUCAGAGCGCCGGUCCAGGCAGCAGCCUCACAGGUGUGGUGUUUGUGUGUCCUAGACUCUCUCCAUCUACUACAACCACCCACCUCCAAGAGCUGGAGAAGCACUGAGCUGCCUGAGAACCACUUGUCUCCCAGCCGGGGUGCCACGUGGCCACCCUGUCCAACACACAGUCGUAGGUGCAGGGAGAAAAGACUACGGUUGAAGAAUCUCCAUCCUCAAGGAGCCAGCAGCCUGGUAUAAGUGUAACCAGUAUAGAGAAGUGACUUGUGAAUGGAACGGACAGUGGGACCUAGAAUUUCAAAGGAGGAGAGAUAGGUCAGAUGAGGGACUUGAAUGAGGUGUUGAGAAAAGAGGUCUCACCUUGCCUGGCUGACACACCUCCUCGUCCUCGUCUCCUUGUCUCAGGCUUCUCCUCCGGGAAGCCCUCUCAGCCACCCUGAAGCUGGGUCAGGUGGCCGCCCUGCAUCCUGCGGGCCCCACACCACACUGAGCUUGCGAGCUCACAUCUUUGGUUACACUCGUCACACUGUAUUGUGCCGACUGUUUACUUCUCUGCCUCGCCAUUAGGUUGUGAGCCCCUGGGGGCAGGGACUGUUUCUUGUUCCCCUUGUGUCCUCGGCACAAUUCCUGUCACACUUGUCAAACAGGUGAACAGUAGAGAUGAAACCAGCAUAAAACAUUAGUCCACAGGAUGCCUGUUAAGUGGCCAGGGUGCCAGAGGUGGCCACAGACUUGAUUCUGAACCUCCCAAAGCCAAAGCCAACCUAGUCAGCUGCAGUGAGAGAGACCCACGGUGUGCAGAAGGCAGAAGCCCUCCAGCUGUAUCCCAGGUGUCUUUUGUAUUUGUCUGUACACUCUGCUGCACUGAAAUACCUACGGCUGUCUGUUGCGUUUCUAAAUAAAAUAAAGUUUAUAGUGGAAUAAAAAAGCUGCUGUUAAUGUGGAUAACUUAGAAGAAGGUUGGGAAAAGAACAGGUUCCAAAUCAAGUGGGAUGCCAUUUGUCUGAAAUUCAGAAGCAAGCAAACCUAAAUGCACUGCCGAGGCGUGCACACACGUACACACACACAUACACGUGUUCACAGCGUGGCUUCCUCUGGUGCUGAUGGCGGGAGAGGAGCAGGGGGGGAAACCCGUUAUAGCUGGGUCAUAUCUUCCAGUACAUGGAAAUAUCCAGUCAUCUGUCACCAUCCCCAAGGCGUGUCAUCAGCGGCACUCCUCUCCCUGUUACCUGGGGCUGGCCGGAGGGUUCUAGUUGUGCUUCAACAGUGGGCAACAGGUAAAGCUGGGCUGCAGCUUUGUAUCAGGUGAUUUCCAGAUACUGGCCUGACGUUCUCCCUCUGACCCUGGCCCCUGUAGGCGCUAGUGAUGCCGAGCGCUCAGAUCUUGCUCCUGGUUCAGGGCGUUGGAAGUCUGCCCUCCAGCCUCCCUCAGCCUGUGCCACACUAAGCCGUGUUUUGGCUAAGGAGGGCCCAAGGACUCUGGACAUGUAUGGGCCAGUUUCCCAAAGUCAUGAUCAUGAGUCAUUUCCUCAGGCCAUCUUGGGCUUCUAAGAACCACUGUCCCAUCCCAGCAGAAGCCAUGGAAGAGGGACGGGAACGAGCUAGAGGAGGGAGACCCCGGCAACCCCAGUUGCUUCUCUCCGAAGGCUCCGGCCCCUGCAACAGUGGCCCUUUGUGCCAUCUGUGAGCCGUGACUUCAUCCGGGACCCGUAUCUGACUCCCUCACCUAAGCUGAGGAGAGAUAGGGAGGCCUUGAGUCCCCUUAGAAAGUAGGAAGUAGUGUUUUACCUACAUGUAUUCAUUCAGCAUCCAUCUUUGGAGCACCUACUACCUACCAGAUCCUGAUCUAGCAUUGGGGUUUCAAAAAUGGAACGACAGGGCUUCCCUGGUGGCGCAGUGGUUGAGAGUCCGCCUGCCGAUGCAGGGGACACGGGUUCGUGCCCCGGUCCGGGAAGAUCCCACAUGCCGCGGAGCGGCUGGGCCGGUGAGCCAUGGCCGCUGAGCCUGCGCGUCCGGAGCCUGUGCUCCGCAACGGGAGAGGCCACAACAGUGAGAGGCCCGCGUACCGCAAAAAAAAAAAAAAAAAAGGAACGAUAAUUCUCUGCGCAUGAGGUCACUGGCAGGGGCCACACAAUCUCGAUAAGAAAAAAAGAAUUCCUUGAGCUUGCAUUUCCAAUGCAUAUACCUGUUACUUUGCAUAUUAAACAUUAGCGGAGCUUAAUUGCUUUCUUAUAGUUGUAUUUUUUAAAUAAAAACAAAUUGAAGUUCUAA